GCAGCGCGCAGCAGGUAAACUGGUUCCACAUGGCCGGUGGAGCUGCAGCGCGCGCCGGAGCUCUCCUUGUGCAGCAGAAGACCGUCCCCGAGCCCCGGAGCACCGAGCGGGGCCACCCACCACCACCUGCCCCGAGAGACACUGCGGCGGCCCGAGAGCUCCAGGUUACCGGUCUGUGCGCGCGAUGCGGAGCGGCCAGUGAGCAGCGCGGAGUGAGACGUUCAGGGACACAAAGGAAACCUCCAGGAGACCACCGGGCUGCCGGCGGCAUGGACCCCCGGCUGCUGUGCUGCGAGGGGGCCAGGCCCGUCAUCCGGAGGGCCUACCGGGACCACAACCUGCUGAACGCCCGGGUCCUGGACGCGCUGCUGCGGGCCGAGGACAAGUACCUCCCGGCGGCCAACUACUUCAAGUGCGUCCAGAGGGAAGUGGCUCCGUACAUGAGGAGGAUCGUGGCCACCUGGAUGCUGGAGGUGUGCGAGGAGCAGAAGUGCGAGGAGGAGGUGUUCCCCCUGGCCAUGAACUACAUGGACCGCUUCCUGUCCGUGGAGCCCACCAGGAAGAGCCAGCUGCAGCUGCUGGGCGCCGCCUGCAUGUUCCUGGCCUCCAAGCUGAGGGAGAGCGCCCCGCUCUCGGCCCGCACGCUGUGCGUCUACACGGACCGCUCCGUCACGCCGGCCCAGCUGCUGCACACGGAGCUGCUGGUCCUCAACAAGCUGAAGUGGGACCUGGCCUCGGUGACGCCGCUGGACUUCAUCGACCACUUCCUGUCUCAGCUGCCGGGAGGGAGGGAGAACAGGAGCGUCCUCCGCAAGCACGCACACACCUUCGUGGCGCUGUGUGCCACAGACGUGAACUUCAUCGCCAGCCCCCCCUCCAUGGUGGCGGCGGGCAGCAUGGUGGCGGCGGUGGAGGGCCUGCAGGCCAGGAUGGAGGGCAGCGCCGCCGCGUCUCAGAAGCUGACGGAGCAGCUGGCGCUGGCCAUCCGGAGCGACCCGGACUGUCUCCGGGCGUGUCGGGAGCAGAUCGAGUCGCUGCUGGAGACCAGCCUCCGACAGGCUCGGCAGCCGCGACACGCGGUUGCCAUGGAAACCAAGAACAUCGGCGAGGGGCAGGACCUCUCGACCACGCCCACAGACGUCCGGGACGUCAACAUCUGAUCGGGCGCCGCCACGUGCUGCUAACGAGGAACUGGACCGGGCAGCCAAUCAGAACCUCUUCAGACAAAGACCUGUGGGGGCGGGGCCUAAAGGACCCCGUGACCUCAAGCCGUCUGCCGGGGCUUCUCACGCUGAAACCUCGUGGUGCGUUCAGGCGUUCUUUGGCUCGUAUUUAUGGACACAAUAAAAGUAAUUUGCAAAUGUGUCGAGCGACUCGCUGGUUCUGAAGCGUUGAGCAUCCAAUCAGAGCAGGACUCGCCUGGAGAGCAGCAGCUGAGAACGCCUCCUUGUUGUUUGUUGACAGUCAUGUUGUUGUCUCGUGUGCUCCGAGUCUUCAUCGUCUGAAGACGUCUUCAUCUGUUUGAUGGACGUCCACCUGAAGAGCGACGAGUCGAUUCCUGUCACCAGAAGAAAUUGUUCAAAGAACUAUUUAUUUCACCGUGUGAGCUGUAAUGUUCGCUUCACAGGACAGGUGACGUCACCUGUCCCGCUGGACAGGUGACGUCACCUGGAAGGUGUUUGAACUGCCAACUGAAACCAGUGUUCAGAUGGGGUGCAGUACCCCGCUGCACCACCAGAGGGAGCUCUGGACCACAGCUGUUCAGGACAGAGACACCAGCUGGCCUUAUUUAUUCUUCAGCUGCUUUACAUCCUCCUCUCCUUCUCUCUCCUCUACGAUGGACUUCUGUAGUUAUUUUUGUAUUCGGGGCGCGUCAUGACAUAAGUGUGUGUGUGUGAAGAUGAAUUAAAGGAGAGAUGAUGACA